UCGCUCGUCUCUCUCGCUGAUACUUCCCCCUGCUGUGCUCCAGGGGCACCCAAGCAUUCUCCGCGCUAACCCUAGGGACCCAUGGUGCUCGAAAAGCCUAGGGAGAGCUGCUUCGGGCGCAGAUAGUGGAAGCCCCUGGUCCCUUCCCCCUCUCCCGGCGCAGCCCGUGCCCGGCUCGCAGCACCUUCUCCCUCCUGCACACUCUGUUGGGGAGGACGGGGUGAGAAGGUGAAGUGGAAAGAACUGCAGAGCAGAGGGGGCCAGUCUCAGAGCUCAAAUUUCAUUUUCAUUGAAGCAAAUCACAGAAGAUCAGUUUUUUUUUUAUUCUGCAUUUUUUCCUUUUUCCUUUUUCCUUUUUCCUUUUUUUUUUUUUUUUUUUUUAAGGAAACUUCUUUUGGGGGGGGUUUGCUCUGGGCAUCUGUUUUGCCCAGUAGUUGAGAAGUGAACUCGACUCGUGAUGGUUCUCCUGUCACUUUGGUUGAUAGCAGCCGCUCUGGUAGAGGUUAGGACUUCAGCUGAUGGACAACCCCCACCCUUUGGAGACUCAAGGUGAAGCCCGAUGCGCCUAGAAGAGUCCUUGAGAAGGCUCAGCGGGACGAGCCGAGCCGUUUGUUGUAAAUCACAUCAGCUCAGGGCCGGUGGGACUUUGGGCACAGAAUUUCUCUGCUGGUAAUGAAGAAAUGGUGCAAAUAGAUUUACCCAAAUUAAAGAGACAGAGAGAGUAUGAGCUGGUGACUCCAGUCAGCACAGAUUUUGAAGGACACUAUCUCUCCCAUAUUCUUUCUGCAAAUCACAAAAAGAGGUCAACGAGGGACGUGUCUUCCAACUCUGAGCAAUUGUUCUUUAACAUCACAGCAUUCGGAAGAGAUUUUCAUCUGCGACUAAAGCGCAACACUCAGCUAGUAGCUCCCGGGGCGGUUGUGGAAUGGCAUGAGACCUCUCUGGUGCCUGGGAAUAUAACCGACCCCAAUAAUGACCAUCAAGCAGGAAAUGCUUCAGAAAGAAUCUGGAAAACAGAGCCUUUGCAGACUAACUGUGCUUAUGUUGGUGACAUCAUGGACAUUCCAGGAACCUCUGUUGCCAUUAGCAACUGUGAUGGCCUGGCUGGAAUGAUAAAAAGUGAUAAUGAUGAGUAUUUCAUUGAGCCUUUGGAAAGAGGUAAGCAGAUGGAAGAAGAAAAAGGAAGGAUUCAUGUUGUCUACAAGAGAUCAGCAGUAGAACGAGCUCCUGUAAACAUGUCACAUGACUGCUACUAUGGAGAGUCGGAUCUGGAAGGCCUUGACGAUGUAGAUACUAUUUCCAGCAGCAUCGACCAGCAGCUGAAGGAAGCAGUGAGGCGCCGCAGACACGCGGGAGAGAACGAUUACAACAUCGAGGUGCUGCUGGGGGUGGACGACUCCGUGGUCCGCUUCCAUGGCAAAGAGCACGUCCAAAACUACCUCCUCACCCUCAUGAACAUUGUGAAUGAAAUUUACCAUGAUGAGUCCCUUGGAGUGCAUAUGAACGUGGUCCUGGUGCGCAUGAUAAUGCUGGGUUAUGCAAAGUCCAUCAGCCUCAUAGAAAGGGGAAACCCAUCCAGAAGCUUGGAGAAUGUGUGUCGCUGGGCUUGCCAACAACAAAAAUCUGAUCCCAACCACUCUGAACACCAUGAUCAUGCAAUUUUCUUAACCAGGCAAGACUUUGGACCUGCUGGAAUGCAAGGAUAUGCUCCAGUCACCGGCAUGUGUCAUCCAGUGAGAAGUUGUACCCUGAAUCAUGAGGAUGGUUUUUCAUCUGCUUUUGUAGUAGCCCAUGAGACUGGCCAUGUGCUGGGAAUGGAGCAUGACGGACAAGGCAACAGGUGUGGUGAUGAGACCGCCAUGGGGAGUGUCAUGGCCCCUUUGGUGCAGGCAGCCUUUCAUCGUUACCACUGGUCCCGGUGCAGCGGCCAAGAACUGAAGAGAUACAUCCAUUCCUAUGACUGUCUCCUCGAUGACCCUUUUGAACAUGAUUGGCCCAAACUCCCAGAACUUCCUGGAAUCAAUUACUCUAUGGAUGAACAAUGUCGUUUUGACUUUGGGGUUGGUUAUAAAAUGUGCACUGCGUUCCGAACAUUUGACCCGUGUAAACAGCUGUGGUGUAGCCAUCCUGAUAAUCCCUACUUUUGUAAGACAAAAAAGGGACCCCCACUUGAUGGGACUGAAUGUGCUGCUGGAAAAUGGUGCUAUAAGGGUCAUUGCAUGUGGAAGAAUGCCAAUCAACAAAAACAAGAUGGCAAUUGGGGAUCAUGGACCAAAUUUGGCUCCUGUUCCCGGACGUGCGGAACUGGUGUCCGUUUCAGAACACGCCAGUGUAAUAAUCCCACGCCAAUCAAUGGCGGUCAGGACUGUCCCGGUGUUAACUUCGAGUACCAGCUUUGUAAUACAGAAGAGUGCCAGAAGCACUUCGAGGACUUCAGAGGACAGCAGUGCCAACAGCGGAACUCCCACUUUGAAUACCGCACCACCAAGCACCACUGGCUGCCCUACGAACAUCCUGACCCCAAGAAAAGAUGCCACCUUUACUGUCAAUCCAGAGAGACUGGAGAUGUCGUGUACAUGAAGCAGCUGGUUCACGAUGGAACACACUGUUCAUACAAAGACCCCUACAGCAUAUGUGUGCGAGGGGAGUGUGUGAAAGUGGGCUGUGAUAAAGAAAUCGGUUCUAACAAGGUUGAGGAUAAGUGUGGCGUCUGUGGAGGAGAUAAUUCCCACUGUCGAACCGUAAAGGGGACCUUUACCAGAACUCCCAGGAAACUUGGGAAACAUUUAAGCAAGAGGUGCCAUACAGAAUUCAAGUUGCUGGAAAAUGAAAUCUGGAAGACAAGAAGCACCUUCAGUUUACCCAAAGGAGCUCGUAAUAUUUCUCUUGCUGAAACAAGGGAAGCUAAAAAUGUACUGGGGUACCUUAAGAUGUUUGAUAUACCCCCGGGUGCUAGACAUGUGUUAAUCCAAGAAGACGAGGCUUCUCCUCAUAUUCUUGCUAUUAAGAACCAGGCUACAGGCCACUAUAUUCUGAAUGGCAAAGGGGAGGAAGCCAAGUCACGGACCUUCAUUGAUCUUGGUGUGGAAUGGGAUUAUAACAUUGAAGAUGACAUUGAAACUCUUCACACAGAUGGACCUUUACACGAUCCUGUUAUUGUUUUGAUCAUACCUCAGGAGAACGACACCCACUCCAGCCUGACAUAUAAAUACAUCAUUCAUGAAGAUUCUGCACCUACGAUCAGCAGCAACAAUGUCAUCCAGGAAGAAUUAGAUACUUUUGAGUGGGCUUUGAAGAGCUGGUCUCAGUGUUCCAAACCCUGUGGCGGAGGUUUCCAGUACACUAAAUAUGGAUGCCGUAGGAAGAGUGAUAAUAAGAUGGUUCACCGCAGCUUCUGUGAGGCCAACAAGAAGCCAAAACCUAUCAGAAGAAUGUGCAAUAUCCAAGAGUGCACACAUCCACUCUGGGUCGCGGAAGAGUGGGAGCACUGCACCAAAACCUGCGGAAGCACCGGCUACCAGCUCCGCACCGUGCGCUGCCUGCAGCCGCUCCGCGACGGCACCAACCGCUCGGUGCACAGCAAGUACUGCGCGGGCGACAGGCCCGAGAACCGCCGGCCUUGCAACAGAGCGCCCUGCCCCUCGCAGUGGAAGACGGGGCCCUGGAACGAGUGUUCCGUAACGUGUGGGGAAGGAACGGAAGCGAGGCAGGUCCUCUGCAGGGCUGGAGACCACUGCGCCGGGGAGAAGCCCCCGUCCACCAGAGCUUGUCAGCUGCCUCCCUGUAAUGAUGAGCCAUGUUUGGGAGACAAGUCCAUCUUCUGCCAAAUGGAGGUGCUGGCGCGAUACUGCUCCAUACCAGGUUAUAACAAGCUAUGUUGUGAGUCAUGUAGCAAGCGCAGUAGCACCCUGCCACCACCAUACCUUCCAGAAGCUGCUGAACCUCAUGAUGAUGCUAUCUUUAACCCUAGCGACCUCCCUGGAUCCCUAGCGGUGCCUACAUCUUUGGUUCCUUACCAUUCAGAGCCCCCUGCUGAGAAGAAGAAAUCUUUGAGUAGGAUUUCUUCAGUGGGAGGUCCAAAUGUAGUCACUGCUCCCAGGCCAAACAGUAAACCUGAUGGUGCUAACUUACCCCAGAGGAGAGCUCAGCAAGCAGGAAGCAAGACCCUGAGACUGGUCUCCCCACCCACCAAGAGUGGCCACCUCAACUCAUCUUCGGAAAUGGCUGCUGCCCACUUCCUUGCAGUCAGUGAUUCAAUCGGUGCUGCUUCUCAGGCUAGAACCUCAAAGAAAGAUGAAAAAAUUAUUGAUAAGAGACGUCCAAUAAGAUCACCCACUUCGGAAAGAUGAGAAAGUGAACCUCAAAGGCUAGCAAUCAGAGGAAAACGCGGACAAGCUCCCUCUCCCCGUGGUGCAUACUUGUUUGAAGUGUAAAUCUCCGUAAAUUGUCAACUCAUUUUAUCUGUACGUGGAGGAACAAAAAGUGCUGGUUCACUUUCUAGUUGCUUUCAUCCUCCUUUUGUUCUGCACUGACUCAUUUACCAGAAUUCAUUGGGAGAAAGCACCAAAGAUUAUUAAUAGAAGGAAAGUAAGUUGCUAAGUGCGUUGGUCACUCUCUAAAGCAGCAAAUGGACUGGAACCGAUUAUGUAUAUCAGCUGAUUUUUUUUUAUUUUUAAAACGUUACACUAAAAACAAAAAAGGAGGUGCCAACAGUUUACACUUUAACAAAAUAUUUUGGAAAUGGGGCAAAGAAUUCUUAGACUUGUAUUCCUAUUUAUCUAUAUUAGAAGUAUUGUAUGAGCGAAUUGCAGCUGUCUUGUAAAUACUGUAUAUUGCAGAAAUCAGUAUUAUUUUAAGAGAUGUGUUCUCAAAUGAUUGUUUACUAUAUUACAUUUCUGGAUGUUCUAGGUGCCUGUUGUUGAGUAUUGCCUUAUUUGACAUUCUAUGGGUUGAUUUUCAAAGCAGAAUAUUAUGAAUAAGAAGUUAGAAUUGUAGCUGCUGACAACACAAAGGGUGUUGUUGUGCGGUUUUGUUUAAUCAACAAUGUGAUACAUACAUUUACAGAAACAGAAAAAUCAGACGGGCUGCAGACAUACAGAUUUCCACUUACCUAUUACCUUCCAUCCUUUAAAUAAAAAGGGAUAGGAUUGGUGUCUUAGUAUACAUGUGGUCACAGGAACAGAGACUAGUAAGUUAGCCUGUGCAAGACAAAAUUAAAACCCUAUUACCAGGACCUCAAUAGGCACCUCUGAAGUGUCCUGUGUUCUUGUGUUGUCUUUUCUUUUCCCUUUGUUGACAUAUACAAAUGGUUAUACUCAAUGUACUGUAAUAACAACAAAGGAAAAAUGUUUUGAGGUCAUUUGUUUGUAUGUUGGUAGCCGAGAAAAGCACAUCGAACUAAAGUUGAUACCUGAGUAUAGUAGGGCUCCGGGGCUUUGGAAGAAGAUUCAAGAAGGUCUUUGUCAAAUUGUUGCAAUAUUUAUUUUCUGCAUGGUUCACAUCCAAGUGUUCACAACCACGAUGCAUCUGACUGCAAUAAUGUGCUCGUAAUUUAUGUCAGUGGUCACCUUGCUCACAGUGAAGCCAGAAAUGCUGUCUCCAGGGAGUACAUGUAAAGUACUUGUAUAUAGAAUUCAGAAUUGAAGAUAUUUAUUAAAAGGUGAUUUUUUUUUCUUGAUAGUAUUUUUAUGUACUAAAUAUUUACGCUAAUGACAUAUUUUGGUAAACUAGAGAGACAUAAUUAGAGAUGCACAUUUUGCGCGUGGAAGAGAAAUUUAAGCAAAUAUAGCAGCUGAAGACAGAGCUAAAAUUAAACAAAUUCAAUUGUAUGCACACUGUUUGCAUUUUUAAAGUAGUUGAUGCAGAGUUCAUGACUUGUUCCCGUUCAAUGAAAUAUAAAAUAGUAUGGACUCAGAUAGCUGUUUGAUGAAAUGAAGAAUUAGAAACACUUUUUUUUUUAAGUAUACGAGAGAGAUAAAUACUUAAAAGAAAUUGUUGUGAGCAUAAUGUUUUGGGAGGUCAGUUCCUAAACUGUCUCAAAAUAUAUUAUGCAGGCUAACUACAGUGAUGUUAACCUCUUCAAGCACGGACUGUACAGGGACCUUUGUGUUUUAACCAUGGUAAACUCCCAGCUUCUCCUAUUAACUCCGUACCUCUGAAGAAUCGCUGCUACUUCAUGCAAGACUCUUAAAGGUUAACUGAAUUAGGUGAAUUCCAGAUAGUAAAACAAUCACUGAGCCUCAAGUGGAAGUCAUUUUUUCCCCCUAAAAGUUUCCCGGCAAUGAAAUUCUCUCUAGUUUGCUUGCAUAUGUAUAUGCAUCUGGUCCACAGGAGAAUACAGAGAAGGAUCAUCACACACAAACACCUCCCACAAAGAUGUACAUAUUUGUUAUACUUCUGGUCUCUGAGCUUCCUUUUCUACUAAGCUAAAAACUCCUUUUUAUCAAAGUGUACACUACUGAUGCUGUUUGUUGUAUUGGGAGCACGUAGCAAUAAAAAUGUUAACAAAACAUA